UUGACUCCUCCCUUGUCCGUUUUACCGCGAAAAAGGAAAGGACUGAAGCUAAUCUGAAGUUUUAUGUGUAUAGUAUUUGUAGUAAUAAGUUGUUAUGGAGCGGGAUUUAAUUGAAAGAUUUGCGCCUAAAUUGGGUAUUACGGCUCCAAGAAUAGUAAGAAAAGCAGAGGAAUUCUUGCGCUUGUCACAAAUAAAGUGCACAGGCUUGUCUGCACACACAACAGCAACCAGCAAUGCAGUCAUGUGCCUGGACAUUGCAGCAACAUCUCUGAAGCACCCACUGGACAGAGAUUAUUUGAUCAAACUUUCUGGUUUGAAUAAGACUGUAUAUCAGAGCUGCCUGAAGUCCCUUGAAUGUUUGUUGGGUUUGGACUCUAACUUUGGUAUCCGCGAUCUAGCUGUGCAGUAUGGCUGCAUGGAGGCUGUGAACAUGGCAGCUGCAGUACUUCAGAGAUAUGAAGCUAGCCUAUCUGAUGCACAACAGAAUGACCUUGAUUUAUCAAAGCCUCUCUUCACAACAGCAGCACUAUUCACAGCAUGCAAGUGUAUGAAAAUUAAGGUGGAUAAAAAGAAACUGGUUGUCACAUCUGGUGUGAAGAAGACCAUCUUUGACAGACUUUGUAGCCAGCUGGAAAACUUUGGACAACAAAUAAAAAAUACUAAUGAAGAACAGGAUCAGCAACUCGAUAAAGAGAAGAGGCCAAAAACAUUGCUGGAGAGGAUCAGCCAAGAAGAAGAUGAUGCACCGGUGAGUAAACAGCUGAAGGCAGCAGCUGAAUCGGAACUGAAAGUGGAUUAUGAAGAAUGGAAGAAAAAAAUCCUAGAAAAUGCUGCCAAGACAAAGAAGGAAGAGUUCUCCACAAACAAAACAUUUUAACUGGACUCAUCCCCUUCAGAAAUACCCAGAAACUAAUUUUACAGUUUGUAUGAAAGACAGUGUGGACAUUGCAGUUUUUAAAUAUUUUAACUGUGAGAAUGGCAGCCCAGAUUAGAAUUCAGAUGCUUUUUAAAUGAAGUAUGCAAUCAUUUAUUAAGCCAUCAUCUGAGUGGCUUUUAAAUUAUAAAUGAUGCAAGAUCAGCUCUUAUUAAUAAAAGUUGUCAAGAUCUGCUUGCAAAAUAAGAGUUUUCUGGCAUUUAGAACAUUUAUCUAGGUUUGGAGGGUUGUUCAUGUUGCAUUUUAACUGUAGUCAUUAUCACACCCCAUACGAGUCUCGUGAAAUGAACUUUAUUAAAACCUUGGCAUAACCAUCUCUAUAAAGCAAGGGGUUUAAGUUUGGUAUUUCUUGGUCAGGAAGUAUGUGAUGGUGAUACUUAGAGUGUCUAUUACCACUGACAAAUUGCAGCUUCUAAAACUCACAAAGAUAAAAGAUCACAUGUCUUCUGAAAGUGCUGUGUUGAUGCAUCCUAAAAAGAGAAUUUGAGCUCUGAAUGUAACUCUUUCCAGAGAGCUGCUCCAUUCAUAUUUUGCAUACGUAUGCAUUCUGCACUGAAAUGAGUGGCACAGCAUAACAGUAACAAGUUUAUCUGCAAGGGUUGCAGUUACUGCACAUCUGCCAGCAGUUGACAUACAGUGGGCUCUUCGAUCCUUGAGGAGGAGUAGAAGUUCCUUGCCAGUAUCUGCCAGUGUUAUGUGAGGCAGGCUUAGAAAUUUGCAAGGUGUUAUUUUUCUUAUUGCAAUGUAGCAAAUUCAUUGCCUGUAAAUUAGUAGAUUUGAAAGUUUUAUUGCAUUUUAUAAGUUUUACUUUGUUGUGUGUACUUUUUAUGGUUGUUUACAGCUAGAAUAUAGAUCAGACUGAACUUUUGCUGAAGACAAGCUUUAUGGGUAACGAGCAUUUCCUGUUAUUUGAGUUGUGCAUUCACUGCAUUUUAGUAACCAUAAGGCAUGUAAAAUACAUGAAAAGCAAGUUUCACUGUUAAUGUGUAUGCAGCCAUCCCUGCUGGUCUUUCAAACAUGCUUAUCUUUUAUCAGUGGAGACGAUAGUUGGCAGAAAAAAUCAUGUAUUUCAAGUUCAUUCAGAGCAUUUUGUCAGGGGAUAAGAUUGUUAAUCUGAAAAACAUGUUUUCCUGUUUUACAAACUGCUUCAUGUUGUACCUUGUCUUCAUCCAGUAAAGCAUGUUAUUUCAUACCUUGUGAAAAGUUUUGAAUUCUAAAGCACUACCAUAAUCCUCCAAUUCCUGAUAUGAUGGAGACCGAAAUCUGCAGUGUACAAAUACCAACGUAAAGUUUAUUUAAUAUGUGGCCCUUAUACAAUGAUCAUGUCCUCUUUUGUACAGUUAUAUUUACUGCACUUUUUUUUCAAGUAACUUUCCUUUAAGCGUUCUUAAUACAGCUAUUAUAUGUGCAUCUGCAGAGACUCCGGCUCCAUUACUUGAAAUUGGACUUGCUAUGUUCUGAAAAGCAUGGAUUGCAGUCUCUAUACUGAUUUAGAACUUCAUGGUAACCUAGCUAUGUUUUUAAUAUUUGUUUUGCACUUGCAUGCGAAGCCAUACUGGGUGUUAAAUUUUGAAAGGUGAGCAGAUUUUUGGCUGUGCAACAUACAGGUUCAUCCAACUGUUAUGCAACAUUGUAACAGUCACAACGGCAGUAGUAUGCAUUUGCUGCAAAUAUUUUAUGCUGGUAAUUUUUUCUGUUGUUUGAAAGAACCAGUUUGGACUUUUUCAGUCUGGUUCAGAUUCUUUUGCAAUUUUAAAUUAUUAAACUAAUCUUUUUCUAA